CUGAAAAGCCCCUUUGGCCAGCGAGAAGUUCAUUAGGCGCCGCGCGGGCUGCAAUUAAGGCUUCUUCAUUAAGCGCCGCUCCCUCCCCAGCCGAGGCCGGGCCAGGCGGACGAGGGGCGGGGGGAGGAUGGGACGGCGGCCAAGUCCUGGCCCGCGGGCAGGAGGCACCCAGUUCUCCACCUUUGGCGGACCCCCCUGCUUGUCAUGAGGAGCCUCACCUUGGACGCAGUUGCCCCGAGGAAGGUGCCUGGGUCGGCUGGCUCCCGAAGGCCAGGCCCGCUCUGCGGCAAGGCCUGAACAUUGGCAAGAGGAGGAUGAGCCGAAGAGGGCCCGGCUGACCAGGAGGAGGAGGAGGAGGAGGAGGAUGUCUCGUUUACAAGGAGUUACGUUGGCAGCCCUGCGGUGGGGCAGGAAACUCCAAGGCUCUCCUGGCCGGGCGGCCCAAAUCUGAACCUAACCCGACGCCCGUCCCUUUUGGAGGCUCGCUUUUUCCUGCCCGUUUACAUUCAGCUCCUUCAAAGAGAGAGAGAGAGAGAGAGAGAGAGAGAGAGAGAGAGAGAGGAAGGGACGAAGCAAUCGAGAGGUUUCUCCCUCGCCCAGAUCUCAAAACACUCGUCCCUUUCCAUUUUCCCAGCCCCAGAUGACUUUUGUGCGUCUGUUUUGACCGACAUGGCUUGUUUGGACUGACCCUGGCUGGCCCCUUUUGGAUGCCUCGGAGGCGCUUGAGCUGUCGGAGAGAAGGCGGAAGAAACCACCAUGAAAGAGAAAUCCAAAAAUGCUGCCCGGACUCGACGGGAGAAGGAAAACAGCGAGUUCUACGAACUGGCCAAGCUGCUGCCUUUGCCGUCGGCCAUCACCUCGCAGCUGGACAAGGCGUCCAUCAUCCGGCUCACCACCAGCUACUUGAAAAUGCGAGUGGUCUUCCCAGAAGGUCUUGGAGAAGCUUGGGGCCACCCGAGUCGCACUAGCCCCUUGGACAACGUCGGUCGGGAGCUGGGAUCCCAUCUCUUGCAGACCUUGGACGGAUUCAUAUUUGUGGUGGCUCCAGACGGCAAGAUCAUGUACAUCUCCGAGACCGCCUCUGUUCAUUUGGGCUUGUCACAGGUAGAGUUGACCGGCAACAGCAUUUACGAAUACAUCCACCCUGCCGACCACGACGAGAUGACCGCGGUCCUCACAGCGCACCAGCCUUACCAUUCCCAUUUCGUACAGGAGUACGAGAUCGAGCGCUCCUUUUUCCUGCGUAUGAAAUGCGUCUUGGCCAAGCGGAAUGCGGGGCUGACCUGCGGAGGCUACAAGGUAAUUCACUGCAGUGGCUACCUAAAGAUCCGCCAGUAUAGCCUGGACAUGUCCCCCUUUGACGGUUGCUACCAGAACGUCGGCUUGGUGGCCGUGGGCCACUCGCUGCCCCCCAGCGCCGUGACCGAGAUCAAGCUGCACAGCAACAUGUUCAUGUUCCGGGCCAGCCUGGAUAUGAAGCUCAUCUUCCUGGACUCAAGGGUGGCUGAGCUCACUGGAUACGAGCCUCAAGACCUGAUCGAGAAGACGCUUUACCAUCACGUCCACGGCUGCGAUACUUUCCACUUGCGUUGCGCUCACCAUCUGCUGCUAGUGAAAGGUCAGGUCACCACAAAGUACUACCGCUUCCUGGCCAAGCAGGGUGGCUGGGUCUGGGUGCAGAGCUAUGCCACCAUCGUUCACAAUAGCCGGUCAUCACGGCCUCACUGUAUCGUCAGUGUCAACUAUGUGCUCACGGAUAUGGAAUAUAAAGGAUUACAGCUCUCGCUGGAUCAAGUUUCAGCAACCAAGCCAUCAUUCCCAUAUGCAAACUCUACUCCAACUAUAACAGACAGUAGAAAAGGAAGUAAAUCACGUCUUUCAAGCACCAAGUCAAAAUCUAGGACAUCUCCCUAUCCACAGUAUUCUGGAUUCCAUACAGAAAGAUCUGAAUCAGACCAUGAAAGCCAGUGGGGUGGAAGUCCACUAACUGACACAGCUUCUCCACAGUUGAUGGACCCUGCUGAAAGACCAGACUCCCAGCAUCAUGAUGUCUCCUGUGCCUACAGACAGUACUCGGAUCGCACCUCCCUCUGCUAUGGUUUUGCACUUGACCAUUCCAGGUUGGCUGAGGAGAGACACUUCCAUACCCAGGCCUGUGAAAGUGGCAGGUGUGAGGCUGGACGAUACUUCCUAGGCACUCCACAGUCUGGAAGGGAAACAUGGUGGGGCUCUCGAACUGCCAUUUCUCUAACAAAAUCAUCUCCUGAGAGCAGAGAAGCCUAUGAAAACAGUAUGCCUCACAUAACUUCAGUUCAUCGGAUUCACGGAAGAGGGCACUGGGAUGAAGACAGUGUUGUUAGUUCCCCAGACCCAGGUUCGGCUAGUGAAUCAGGUGAUCGCUACCACUCCGAGCAGUAUCAGGGCAGCCCACAUGAACCCAGCAAAAUUGAAACUCUAAUAAGAGCAACCCAGCAAAUGAUUAAAGAAGAAGAAAACAGGCUACAAUUACGGAAAUCCACUCCUGAUCAGCUGGUUUCCAUUAAUGGAGCAGGGAAAAAGCACUCUGUUUGUUUUGCAAACUACCACCAGCAGCAGCUGAAAGGAGAUGUCUGCCAGGUCCCUAACAUCUCCAACACAUCCCCCUGUGAACAUGUGCAGCAGCGAGAUGGGAAGAUAAUGAGCCCUCAUGAAAAUGACUAUGACAACAGUCCCACAACACUGUCUAGAAUAAGCAGUCCCAAUUCUGACCGAAUUUCUAAAUCAAGUUUGAUACUAGCUAAAGACUAUCUGCAUUCAGAAGUGUCCCCCCAUCAAACUCCAGGAGAUAAUCCAGCAAGUUCCCCAAACUAUUACAGUUCCCAUAGGCAGUACUUUGAUAAGCAUGCAUAUACAUUAACAGGCUAUGCUCUGGAGCACCUUUAUGACAGUGAAACCAUAAGAAACUAUUCUUUGGGUUGUAAUGGAUCACACUUUGAUGUGACUUCUCACCUACGGAUGCAGCAAGAUCCAGCCCAGGGACACAAGGGGACCUCAGUUAUAAUAACCAAUGGGAGCUGAUGUUUCCCCCCCCCCUCUCUAUUUUUUAAAUGUUUGUGCUAGGAAAGAAUAUCUUUGCAGUAAUAACAUUACACAUACAUGUUUUAAUUCCUUGUUAUUACUAGCAUUUGAUAAACUAUAAUGCACUAGAGAGAAUAUGUGUAAGGUGCUGGAAGGUUUACCCAAAUUACUGUUUAAAAAUGCCCUGGUAUCAAGGUUACAGUUAAUUCAUGGAGGUAAGUUAAUUCAUGGAGGUAGCACUGCAUUGUGGAGCAUUAAACUGGGAAUAUUUGUGGCAAUGCCAAGUGAGGAAUUUGUGUCCAUUGCACAGGGAAUUAGGCUAAGGAUAGGAUUUCUAAGCAUCCUGCACCUCUCAGGCCCUAGGAAAACAAAACCAGUUUGUAGUCUUUACAUGCAAAAAACACCUUGCAACCUGUGUUAGUCUGUGGUUGUCCACAUGUGUCCCCCUAUGGCUGUAAUGAAUUCAUGGCUGGACAAAAGGAAGAACUGCAAUAUGAGUAUUUUUGAGAUACUGGAAGUUAGUUAUAUUUGAGUUGGACCUGGGGGCAUCUAUGCUGUACAGCAGACAUCACCAGAGAGACAACUGUUUGCUUAGGCCAAGUUGCAAAUGAAGGAACAACAGGUUGGUGGAAUUCUUAGCCUGAUUUGAGUACAAAAAGUAUCGGCAUAGAUUUAGAGGACAGAACACUUUGAAUUAUGAUUGUAUGUGUGAAAGGAAGUUUCCUUCUGGAGAAGGAAAUAAUGGAACAGAAGUAAGAAAGGAGAGAACAUUCAGUCCCACAUUUGGUCAUGGAAAAACCUCCUGCUCUCAAUCUAAGUUAAUUUUGUUAAGAAUGGUACACAUACUGUUUUAUGAAAUCGUCAACUGGGAAAAGUCAAGCUAAGAACGUAUAUAUAGCAGAUAAGGUCGGAACCAUAGAUAGCAACUUAUUGAAAGGUUUGGAGGAAGGGCAUGAGACAGAGUUUCAUGAAUGAAAAGCCACUAGAGUUGGUGUGCUUGCUUCCAAAAUAAACUAACAAUGCGCCAAAGAGAUCAGAAGGAACAUGCCAAUGGAAGUAGUAUAAUUGGUUUUGUUGACAGUCGAGAGUCAGGACCGUUUGUCCAAGCCUUGCUCCAUUUCGUGGAAGCCAUUUAUUUUGAUUAUGUUUGUUCCAAAGUAGUGUAUUUUGGAAUAGGAUUUUAAUAUGUGAACACAAACAAGAACUUUCUCUGUUUGUUAUUGCCUCUAUAGAGCUUUUUUUUUUUAAAAAAAAGAGUAAGAGUCUUAUACAACAAUCAAGGAAUAGCAUAAUAAUAUUAAAUUAAUUAGGAUUUUAGGGCGUUUUGAUAUCAGCUGAUGUGCCAUUGUUACACAUUUGUUGCUAUGAAUCCAGGCAUUUCCCCCCAGGGCAACACUUAUGUUGUAGGGAUAUCGCAUUUUCCAAAUGCUAUAUCAUAUUUAUGAAGAAAAUGCUGGUUUAUCUGCUCAGCUAGCUACAGCCAUCGUGAGUCAAUGCAGUAAAAUAUGUAUGUCAAAGGAAUUUUGAGGAAAGCAAUUCCUCUGCUACCUGCUAUUCUGUUUGUUGGGUGGGAUGUUGCCUGGUUAACACUAGAUUGGGACUACUUUGCUUAUAGCUCUAAAGACAGAAUCAAUUGAAUAUUUAACUUUUAAAGUGAAUAGGCCCUAAGACAAAAAAUAACUUUGCAUGAGUGGGGAAUGAUACCAAAGAAAGCAGAAGAAUUUUCAAUAAAAUAAAUGUGAAAAUCUUGCUGGCAGAAAUAUAAUGGGGAGUUGAUAGGAAACUUCACAGUCUUUUGUGUACAAGGUCAGCUUUCACUGGUCUGUCUACUCAGCUUCAUAUGUAAUAUUGUAGUAGAGAUAUCAGCAAUGACUUUGCUCAUGAAAAAUGGAUGCAUGAGUAUGUCAUGAAGCUACGAAUUCUAAGCUACUAAAAUGGAAGCAAGUCUCAUUGCCAUCAGUGGGAUUACAAAUAGAUAUGUUUAUAAUUGAAUAGUUAGAGUAAUACAAUGAAAUAAAGACAAUGUAUUGGCCAAACAAAGAUAAACAGUUCUUCAGAAACUAGCAUAAAGCUCAAAAAGUUAUCAUUUAUGUUGUGAUAAAAAUGUGCUAGUGGGGAAGGGGUCUGGUGCAUUAAAAACAAAGGGUAGAAUCUAGUCAGAGGUGGAUUCUGCACGGUAUAAAUAUAUCAUCUUCAGGACAUUAAAAAAGCAUUUUGGGGAAGGACUUUGCACAGCUUUCUUCCCCAAAACAACUUCAGCCUGUUUCAUUUCUCUCAACCCAGGUUUUUCAAAAAUUGUUUAGUGAUCUUUCCCCCCCAACCAAGGUUGAAGACAUUUCAUGAGCAAACACACACAGGCAGGAAAUGCUAUAUUUUUCCCACCCAAAUCUCUUACUUUCAUUUUCACCACAUGGUGGCCAUUUUAUGUACAGCAAAUUCUCUGUGAAGAUUCCCCAUGGCAAUUUCCUCUGCUUGCAGCUCCUCCACAGGCGAUUUCACUGUAAAAGGUAGAUGAAUAAAUUUUGUUUUGCCUAAUGAUCCCAUGCACUUGUUCUUUUUCCAUUUUCUUGUUUUGAGGGGAUGUCUGCAAAGCUACAGCAACACAAAUAUGCGCAUAUUGUAGCUUCUUUAACUGUGUCACCGCAGUUUCACAGACAUCCCCCUCAAAACAAACAAAAAGGAAAAACGACGUGUGUGGGAUCACUAGGCAAAACAAACAUUAUUCAUCUAUCUUUUACAGCGAAAUCAUGUGUGUAUGAAAUACAAGCAGAGGAAACCUCCAUGGAAAACCUUCUCCAAAUUGCAGAGGCACGGAGAAUCUCUGCAGCAGCACACAAAAUGGUGAACACAACUGUGAAACUUACAAGAGCUCCUCCGUGCAGCAGGUGGGGAAAAAAUCUGUUCUGUCUGGCAACGCUUGUGUUCUCCCAUGCUGUGAGACCACAAAAUGCAAAAACGGAUCUUUUAAAAACUUUCUGCAGGAUGUUACAUUGCUGUUGUGUGGAAUCCACCAGAGCUAAGUAUGUUAAUGUCCUAUUGCCUUAAAUGAAAUCAGCAGAGCUUUAAAAUGCUUGGUUUUGACAAGAUCUUACAAAAAGAAUUUAAAAAAUGGGGUUGGUGCGAUAUAUGUAAACAAAGUUAUGUCUUCAGAAGAGUCUGGGUGAAUGUGAAGAAUACAAUAAGCUGAAAUUUAGUGUAACUUAAAAGGCAAGCAGCUACUGAAUAACUUCUGUUGUUUAGACUGCAAGAGAGACAUUGUUGCUAUUAUAAAAUCAAACUAUGCAUAGGAUUGAUCCUUGGAUUCUGAAUUUUGGAAGAAUAUCCCUUUCUUCUC